UACGGGCACACUUCGGGCGACGUCACUGCUGCUGUUAUCGUUGUAAUCAACAAAAAAAAAGAAAAUAAACCAAGCCAUUUCGCAGCCGACUGAUUAAAAUACUCGCUUAGUUUAUUAUCAGGGCUCCGACACUGCCAACACCAAAUGCCACCGCUGUGACCUCGGGCCGGAGCAGGAGCAGUGCUGCCAGCACAAGCAACGGCCAAACACAAAGGCCCCAACCGAAAAAACCAAAACGUCAUUGGCUGGCAAUUAACCAACAGACGGCGACGCCUGCAACGGAAGUGGAGGCGGUCUCGAUCCAGCUGCCACGCCCCCUCUACCACCGCCUCUCGGGCAGUAGAUGCUGGUGGGACUCAGCGAUCAGCUAGCCCGGAUUAUGGAGAGCGUCUUCGAGGCGUAUUUGGGACCGGACAGCGUCCUCGCCAGCGCCGUCGGCCAGGCUGUGGGUAGCGGCGAACCGGAGGAUAUACCUAGGCGGAACACGGAUGUCUGGGUCCUGGGCAGGAGAUUUAAUGCCAUACAGGAACUCGAGCUUAUCCGACGCGACAUACAGUCCCGGCUGUGGUGCACCUACCGCCAUGGAUUUUCGCCGUUGGGAGAAGUCCAACUUACCUCCGACAAGGGAUGGGGCUGCAUGCUCCGCUGUGGCCAAAUGGUCCUCGCCCAGGCCCUAAUUGAACUCCACUUGGGUCGCGACUGGUUCUGGACGCCAGAGUGCCGGGAUUCCACCUACCUCAAGAUCGUACACCGUUUCGAGGACGUAAGGAAGAGCUACUACUCCAUACACCAAAUCGCUCUGAUGGGGGAGUCUCAAAACAAGGCCGUUGGAGAGUGGCUGGGACCGAAUACAGUAGCCCAGAUCCUCAAGAAACUGGUGUGUUUCGAUGACUGGAGCUCACUCGCAGUGCACGUUGCCAUGGACAGCACUGUGGUUCUCGACGACGUAUACUCGCUGUGUCGAGAAGGAGACUCUUGGAAGCCGCUGCUGCUCAUUAUACCCCUACGUCUGGGCAUCACCGACAUCAAUCCACUCUACGUGCCAGCCUUAAAGAGGUGCCUUGAACUAGAUAGUAGUUGCGGCAUGAUCGGUGGUCGCCCCAAUCAGGCUCUGUACUUUCUGGGUUAUGUGGAUGACGAGGUGCUCUACCUAGAUCCGCACACGACGCAAAGAACGGGCAUGGUGGGCCAGAAAACCGAAGCGGGAGAACAAGAAUACGACGAGACCUACCAUCAAAAGCACGCUGCCCGCCUGAGCUUUUCCGCCAUGGAUCCCUCGCUUGCUGUUUGCUUCCUUUGCAAGACCAGUGACAGUUUUGAAACACUGCUAGCCAAGUUCCGGGAGGAGGUUCUUAGCCUUUGUUCGCCGGCUCUGUUCGAGAUUAGCCAGACUCGCGCCGUGGAUUGGGACACGGCGGAGGAUAUUGACUGGCCAACUAUGCCCGAUAUUGACUGGCCGGCGGGCACCUCGGACUCGGAUUCGUUUGCCCUAUUUGAAGAGACCGGGAGAGACGGCGACGCCGGCAGCAGCGGAGGCAGCGGCAAAAAAACCCAGUGAGAGCGCCAUCAUUUGAGUGGGUCACCGGCACAGAGCGAGCUCCCUCUCUCGCGACGCCUGCGCCGCAGCGCCGAAAACAGACGAAGCCGAGCCAGGCGAAAGUGGAGCAGCAGCUGAGGAUGCGGCCAGGGACGGGGGAAGAGGGCUGGAUGCGGAGGACGAUGGACGAUGCUGCGAAUGCAAUAAACUAAGGCUAAAGUGCAUAAUUAGACGACGAGCUGGUUGAGAUUUAGAUUUUAGAAUGUUUACGAUUUGUACGAAUGAGAGACUUAGCGAUUCAUAAUAAUGCUGUUUUAUUGUACGCGAUAUUGACUCCACGGGAGACAAUUUGGCAAGACAUACACACACAGACAGACACACGCUUUUUUGAUGAUCAAUUAAACAUUUUUAUGCAACGUUGUACAUGAAAAACCUAAAGAGAUCGAUCGCUUUACGCCAAGUGUCUGCAUAAUAUUCAUAUA